AUGCACAAAUUACGAACGUGGGUUUCGUAUCGACCUCCUCCGUCCCUCUUACGUUCAACAACGAUCGAACUGAACAGGCGGUUGAAUGGGUUGUCGAAGUUGGGAUGCCUCGAGGAGGCCCGUAACCUGUUCGACGAAAUGCCUGACAAGGAUGAGUUCACGUGGAACACAAUGGUUGCUGCUUAUGCUAAUUCAGGAAGAUUGACAGACGCCAGGAAGCUUUUCGAUGAGUCGCCAGUGAAGGGUUCGAUCACUUGGUCCGGUUUGAUAGCUGGCUACUGUAGAUAUGGAUGUGAAGUUGAAGCAUUCAAGCUGUUUUCGGAGAUGCACAUGGAAGGACAGAGGCCGACCCAGUAUACGAUGGGCAGUGUUCUUAGGCUGUGUUCAAUGACUUCUUCUCUUCAACGAGGAGAGCAGAUUCAUGGGUAUGCUUUAAAGACUGGAAAUGAUGGCAAUGUCUUUGUUUCUACUGGGCUUGUGGAUAUGUAUGCCAAGUGUAUGUGCAUUUUGGAGGCUGAGAGUCUUUUCGAGAAGGUGGCUGAUGCUAAGAAUCACGCUACCUGGACUGCUAUGCUUACUGGGUACUCUCAUAAUAGGGACAGCUUCAAAGCCAUGGACUUCUUCCGUCAUAUGAGAACAGAAGGGGUUGAGAUAAAUCAAUUCACCUUUCCAUCCAUUUUGACAGCUUGUGCAGCUGUUCUGGCUAAUGAUUUUGGACUUCAGGUUCAUGGUUGCAUCGUUAAGAGUGGGUUUGGGUCAAAUAUUUUUGUCCAGAGCGCUCUGGUUGACAUGUAUGCAAAAUGCAGGGACUUGAAAAGCGCAAAGAAGAAGCUAGAGAGCAUGGAAAUUGAUGAUGCAAUAUCUUGGAACUCCUUGAUAGUAGGAUUUGUGAAUCAGGGUUUGAAAGGUGAGGCUUUGUACACGUUUCAAAGAAUGCAUGCUAAAAACAUGAAGAUCGAUGAGUACACUUUACCGUCUGUUCUGAACUCUCUUGCGUCUACCAAAGAUGUGCGAAAUGCAAAGUCCGUCCAUUGUCUUAUAUUGAAAAGUGGCUUUGGGAGAUACCAGGUCGUGAAUAAUGCUCUUGUUGACGUGUACUCCAAACAGGGGAACCUGGAUUCGGCGUUAACUAUAUUUAACCACAUGGAAGGCAAAGACGUCGUCUCCUGGACAUCCUUGGUAGUAGGAUAUUCACAUAAUGGAUCCUAUGAAGAGUCUCUAAAGUUAUUCUGCGCAAUGCAUGUUACUGGUAGUAUACAGCUAGAUCAACUAAUUGUUGCCAACAUUAUGAGUUCUUGUGCAGAAUUGGCAAUUAUGGAAUUUGGGCAGCAACUUCAUGCCAUACUUGUUAAAUCUGGUCUUGAAUCAUCCUUGUCUGUGGAUAAUUCUCUAGUUACGAUGUAUGCAAAGUGUGGUGCUAUUUUAGAUGCCAAUCGAGUCUUUGACUCUAUGCAGAAUCGGAAUGUUAUAACGUACACAGCUUUGAUAGUUGGAUAUGCACAAAAUGGUAAAGGAUUGUACUCCCUGCUCCUAUAUGAUCAAAUGAUCUCUGCUGGAAUUGCACCAGAUUAUAUCACAUUCAUCGGCUUACUGUUUGCCUGCAGUCACACUGGUUCUCUUGAAAAGGGUCGCUCCUACUUUAACUCGAUGGACAAUAUACAUGGGAUCAAACCGGGAGCCGAGCAUUAUGCUUGCAUGAUUGAUCUCUUGGGGCGCUCGGGGAACUUGUCUGAGGCAAAGCAGUUACUUGACCAAAUGGAUGUAGAACCAGAUGCAACCGUAUGGAAAUCCCUGCUAGGAGCAUGUAGAAUGCACAAAGAGCUAGAAAUGGGAGAAAUGGCUGCAAAGGAGCUGUUUGAAUUGGAACCGAAAAAUAGCAUGCCAUAUGUAAUGUUGUCAAAUUUGUACUCUGCUGCUGGCAGAUGGGAAGAUGCUGCCAAAAUCAGAAAGUUGAUGAAGUGCAGAGGAAUUAGUAAGGAGCCCGGAUCAAGUUGGACUCAGGCAAAUGGCAGAACUCACACCUUUGUUUCUGAGGAUAGGAGCCAUCCAAUGAUGGCUCGGAUUUAUUCCAAGAUCGAUGAGGUGAUUGCAUUGAUCAAGGAAGCUGGUUACGUUCCUGAUAUGAGUUUUGUGCUUCAUGACAUGGAAAGGGAAGGGAAAGAGCUUGGACUUGCUUAUCACAGUGAGAAAUUGGCUCUUGCGUUUGGACUGCUUGUUGUGCCUAGCGGAGCAGUGAUCCGGAUUUACAAGAACCUCCGGGUUUGUGGAGACUGCCACACUGCUUUCAAGUACAUAUCGAGCUUGUAUGAUCGCCAUAUUGUUUUAAGAGAUUCCAAUUGCUUCCACCACUUUGUAGAUGGAAAAUGUUCUUGUGGAGACUAUUGGUAA